CCUACGCCUCCUACCCUAAAUACCGGACAUUGCAGAUUGCAGCAAACAACAGUGCCUGCAUCGUCAAACGAAGUGUAGUGCGUAAAAAUCGAUUUCUGUCGAUUUUCAGUGGCGGAAAAGUGCGUUAAAAACCGUCGGAAAACCGGCCAACGCCUCGGCUUUUCCGUAUGGAGAGCUCUAACUCGGAAGGCGUCGUCCUGCCGGACAUUUCCGAAGCCGAACAUCUCGCGAGCGAGCACGAUGGCGGCGACAUCGAAAUCGAAAACGGCGAUGCCGUCGUCGACUCGAAAAAGUCACUCGUUUCCACGGUUUCGGUGCGACAUGCCGGCGUGCCCGUCACCCUGCCCGUCGGCUCGCUCAUCACCAGCACCUUCAAUGUCAUCACCCAGGACCAGAUUCCUCACUUCAAGCCUAUGCUGUGCGUCGACAACAGCGGCUACUUGGCGGACGGCUCCGGCGGCGAACUCAAGACCAUCGUUAUCCAACAGGAGGCUGUGUCCGGGGGCGGCGGUCUGUCGACGACGCCCGUCUCGACGCCGUCGGUGGGCAGCUGGAGCGACGCGGCCAACGCCGCCGUCCUGCCCGUCAGGUGCAAGCACACGUCGGCGGAGCUCCACAAGUGUCGAUUCGGUUCCGGGGGCCGCGGUAGGUGCAUCAAAUUAGGCAAUUCUUGGUAUACACCUAGUGAAUUCGAGGCGCUGUGCGGUAGAGCCUCCUCCAAGGAUUGGAAGCGGAGCAUUCGGUUCGGCGGUAGAAGCCUGCAAACCCUCAUUGACGAAGGGAUAAUUCUUCCGCACGCAACAAGUUGUACGUGCGCCGCCUGCUGCGACGACGAUUCGGCGACGGGUCCGGUGAGAUUGUUCACACCGUACAAGAGGAAACGCAGGAAAGAGAACGGCAGCAUGAAGAGGCCGAACGGCGACGACAGCGACGUGCAAUCGAAGGAGGAGGCCUGGCAGAAUUUGGCCGAAGGCUUGGACUCCAACGAUUACCAAUUGAUCGAGCCGAUGGGUUCGUCGUUGGAUCCCCAGCAGCAGAUCAAACGGCUGGAGGACAUCGCGUUGCAGAUCAACCGAUUGGCUUUGGAGUUUCGAAGGGGCUUGGACGAUUUGAAGGAGAAUGUUAGUAGACAAAGCGAGAAGUUUCAGAGGGAAAAGGACGCGGCUAUAUUAGCUGCGAGAGUCGAAGCGCAGGUGGCUGCGUUACAACCUGAAGGCGGCUCGGAUUCUACGCUGCAACCUUCCGUUGACGGGGAAAACCAUAAAAAGUGCGCGAAUUGUAAUAGAGAAGCGUUAGCUGAGUGUUCGUUGUGCAGGCGGACGCCGUACUGUUCGACAUUUUGCCAAAGAAAAGACUGGGCUUCGCAUCAAGUUGAGUGCGUCAGAGGUGUGGCUGCCGCCACUGGCGACGGAGGCCAGCAGUCGAUAAUGCUUAUAGUGGAAAGCGCCGAUCAACAAUGAUUUGUAAAGGGCUCCUUUUUAGUUUUUGAAUGCCAGGACUCUUGUACAUUUGUAUAUAGUGUAUAUUUAUUUUGGGAUUUGAUAUUGUGUUUUUUUUACCAUAAUUGUAAAUAUUUUAUAUGUAAGUGGUGUUUCCAAUGUACAAAUUAUGUGAAAUUCUGCACGGAUUUGUAAGCUUGUAAAUACGAUUAUAAAAGCAAUAAUUUUUUGUUAUUGUAACGUGCAGAAUUUUAAAUUCACUCUAAAGAUUUUGUAAUUUUUAUAAAGCGUUAUUUAGUCACUAAUAAUUAGAAAUUUUGCUUUUUCUUUUAGGUGUUCAUUAUAUUUUUAAUGUUAACAUUUCCUAUAAAUUCUAGGAAGCACAAUUAAUUUAAUUCAGAGAAUUAGAGUAAAUUAUUUAUAAUUUUAAGAGUAACGAUUUCAAUUUGAAUGUUAAAACUAUUUUGUAAAAAUAUUUCUAAAAAUUCUAAACCCGACGUGAAAAAUUGGCCACUGUGAUAUGUUUAUAUCAAAAUGUGUUUGUUAAAAUUGGUUUUUGUCAAUAAAACUUAUUUAAUA